GCCGACGUAACCUAAUGUAUAAUGCUUAUCAAUACUGGUCAUCGCUUUGAUAUAGUCGCUUUUCACCACAGCAUAGGCUGCCCCAGGCCAUAGAUUUGAGCGAGCUACUUAAUAUCAAGGAUUCGCUCACCCUAUAUACUCCUGAGGAAGAUCUACAAUGAGCCUCCCCAGAGCAUUUUCCGAAGACCUGAACGCAGGGCUAAACAAGUGUCGGCAACAACGCUUAUACCUACAGACAUCCCCUUCACCAGACGGAUCCAGCGUGGUUGACUUCAGCUCAAACGACAGUCUUGCCCUCAGGUCGAGUGAAGCUCUUAGAAAAGAAUUUUUUCGCCAGCUUGGACAGAGACCAUUGUAUCUGGGGGCUGGGAGCAGUCGCGUUCUGGAUGGAUCGAGCAAACAAGUCAUGGAGCUGGAAGCGCGUCUGGCCGCUUAUCAUGGUGCAAAAGAUGGGUUACUCUUCAACUCCGGAUAUGAAGCCAACGUGGCUAUUUUUAGCAAUCUCCCCCAUCCCGGCGACGCAAUUGUAUACGAUAACUUGAUUCACGCAAGCAUCAUUGACGGUUCUCAGGCGAGUCAAGCGACUAUUGUUAGAUCAUUUAAGCAUAAUGACGUCCACUCGCUCCGCCAAGUGCUAGAAAAUAUCAAAGCCGAGUCGCUUGAUAUUGUCGAGGGUCGACGCACUGUCUUCGUUUCGUUUGAGUCGUUCUAUAGCAUGGACGGUGAUGUGGCGCCGAUACGUGACAUCUUGGAUAUCGUGAAACAGGCUCUCCCGGCGGGCAAUUUCGUCUUCAUUAUCGAUGAGGCUCAUUCAGUUGGGCUUAUUGGCCCUCAUGGAUCUGGACUUGCGGCUCACUUAGGGUUGGAGAAAGAAUUACAUAUCCAGAUGCAAUGCUAUACGAAGGCCCCUGGUGCAUCGUGCGGAAUCGUUCUUUGUGAUUCCCUUGUUAGGCAAUUCUUGGUCAACUACGCGCGUUCUUUGAUUUACUCGACCGGGCCUACUUUCCCGACAGUAGCUCUCCUUAAUGCCUCGAUUAACAUUCUCAAAAGCUCAGAGGGUGAUAGGCGUCGAGAACAACUACACAACAACAUAAAGCUCUUCUACGACACCAUUGCUAAGCAAACUCAAUGGGAAAUGGUCCAACACUCCGGUGUGUUGAGAAUACCCACCAUGAGGUCAUCAGAUGUAGUUCGAUAUAACGUACCGAUCGUUCCAUUGGUAACGGCAGUUGGUCUAUGCCAUAAUCUGCAAGCAUGGCUUCUUCGAUGUGGAUAUCGCACCUAUGCGUUUACCUUUCCCGUUGUUCCGAGGACCAAGGAGCGCGUGCGGUUAAUGCUGAAUGCUGAACAUACACCAGAGCAGAUUUUCAACGCUGUACAGGCCCUAAUGGUAUGGGCAGAGAGGCAUCUUUUAUUCAAUAAAGGGUCUCGUUUGUGAGGUGUCAAGUAAAUCAGGGAAGACACGUAGAAGUUUUACUACAGGGAAAUGCUUCUAC